UUAGUAAUUAUUUAACAUUCAUAUUUAAACUUAUGUUUACAUGCUUUUUUUAUUUGCUCAUACAUGUUGUUGAAUUACUAUUGUUAAAAGAUAAAAAAAAAUGCUUUUAAAUAGUUUGAUAAGUGGAGUAUCAGUUAGUUCAGUUUUGAAUCAAGAUCACAAACAGUAUGGGAAAAAAUUUUUAUUUGAUAAUAAUGAAGAUACAUGUUGGAACUCUGAUAAGGGCAAUACUCAACAUAUUUGCAUAAAGUUUGAAAAACCUGUCAUGAUAACAGAUGUUACCAUUCAAUUUCAAGGUGGUUUCUCUUGUCAACAAUUUAAUAUUUACUGCAGUUCUAAACUUUUUUCCCUGUAUCCUGAGGAUGUUAAUUUUGUUCAAAAGUUUUCAAUAGAGGAAUGCAAUGAAGCUACAGACAAUGUGAAGAUUGUAUUUUUAAAUACUACAGACUUUUUUGGAAGAAUUAUUAUUUAUGAUUUAAAGUUGUAUGGUUCUGUUUAGAUGAAUAAGUAAUAUAAAAAAAGAUACAGAACAAGUAUAUAAAAAUAAGAUGUAAAAGUGUAAUAUGUUAAGUGUUAACAUAAGUUAGGAAAAUAAUUUUUGCUUGAA